UGCAGCGCCGCUAGUUCCAACGACCGCCACUCCAGACGCGCACAUCCGUCGGCGGAAACACCGAGUCACUGAGCUGACGUUAGUAACGUUGGCCAAGCCUUCUUAGGAUCGUCGUUCUUUUCUACCCUCGCGAGCGUUCGACCGAUUGCGUUCAAGAAGCUCGUCCCGUCCGUCCUCGCAAACCUAGACCAAAAUGACAUCCUUCAACGUCAGUACCAUCAACGCCGGAAAAUCUGCCGGGGUCGCGCAGAUACGAAAGGGCAAAGACAGCUUCCUCAAACUUCAUCCAGAAUCAAACCCUUGACUGACGUCGCCUCUGACUGAGCCCAAGGAUCCGAUCCGCGUACUGGUAACCGGAGCUGCGGGCCAGCUGGCCUACUCGCUUAUACCCAUCAUUGCCAAGGGCCACGUGUUUGGGGACGAUCAGCCAGUAAUCCUCCACCUGCUGGAACUACCGAGGAUGAUGAGCGUCUUGAACGGCGUUGUCAUGGAGCUGGUAGAUGGCGCCUACCCUCUCCUACAGGAGGUGAUUGCCACAGAUGAAGAGAAGACAGCAUUCACAGGAAUCGACGUGGCCUUCUUAGUGGGCUCAAUGCCUCGCAAGCCCGGCAUGGAUCGUAGAGAUCUGCUGACCGCUAACGCCAAGAUCUACCAGAGCAACGGGCAUGCCCUCGAUCAAUAUGCCAAGAAGUCUGUCAAGGUUCUGGUGGUGGGCAACCCGGCGAACACGAAUGCGCUGAUCUGCUCCAAGUACGCGCCGUCUAUUCCCACGGUGAACAUCUCAGCCAUGACGCGUCUCGACCACAACAGGGCCCAGGCACAGAUUGCCCUAAAGCUGAAGGUGUCAAGUUCUGACGUGCGGAACGUGAUCAUCUGGGGCAACCACUCGUCCACACAGUUACCGGACGUCAGUCACGCCUUCGUGAACGUGGGCGGCCGGAACGUCAGAGUUGCCGAUGCCAUCAACGACGACGGCUACAUCCAGGGCGAGUUUCUCUCCAUUGUGCAGAAGCGCGGUGGUGCUGUGAUUGCGGCGCGCAAGCUUUCCAGCGCCAUGUCGGCGGCUAAAGCUGCGGCCGACCACAUGCACGACUGGUGGCACGGUACUCCCGAGGGCCAUUGGGUGUCCAUGGCGGUGCUGAGUGACGGCUCGUACGGAUCGCCAGCCGACGUCAUGUUCAGCUACCCGGUGUACAUCGACUCCCAGCGGCAAUGGCGCAUCGUGGACGGACUGUCCAUGUCCGACUUUGUCCGCCAGAAGAUCCAGGCCACCGGCAAGGAACUCGUCGAGGAACGAAACGAAGCCUUGGCCUUCUGCAAGGAGUGACGGGCCACCGCGCUUGCGGUCGAGUCCAGGAUACCGGAACUUGUAGCAAGAAAAGCCCUCGUUUUCCUUCAGUUUCAUCGGGUCUUACGGGUUGCCGUCUUACCAGCCCUCGUUCGCGGUUGUCCUACUCCCUGAAGACGCUGGGCUUUUUGCGACUGCCUGCCCUUCGACGGCAGCACGAUAGUCCAUGAAUGUGCACAUCUUCAGGUGUUCUGGAAACUGAGAAUAAAUGCACGCGCGCGAAU